UGGGAGGCGGGAGACGCCGUGGCACACUUCGUGUUUGGUACGUGGCAAACGACCUCCGAACUUCUUUAAGCAUCAGAAGCAUCCUUGCCAAAGCAACUCCAAAAUGCCGAUCUCAGAAUUCCGCAAGAACAAGCUGCUCUACGUCUUCAACGUGUUCUUCGACGUUAAUCAGAGCGGAACCAUUGAGAAGAAGGAUUUCGAAUUGGCCAUCCAGAAAAUCUGCCAGAACAGAGGUUGGGCUCCCGGUAAUCCGAAGAACCAACAAACUCACGACACUCUUCUCAAAGUUUGGGACGGUCUUCGACAGCGCGCGGAUGCCAAUCACGAUGGACAGGUCAGUCGUGAGGAAUGGUGCUCCAUGUGGGAAGAGUACGCCAAGGACCCGUCGCAAGCUCUUGAGUGGCAACAGCGUUACAUGAACUUCAUCUUCGACCUCGAAGAUACUUCCGAUGAUGGACGCAUCGACGAGGAGGAAUUCACUAGCGUUUGCACGACCUACGGAAUUCCCGAGAGCGACUGCAGAACCGCGUUCAACAAAUUGUCGGGACAGAAGAAAGAAGUAUCUCGUGAAGAGUUUACUGAACUUUGGAAACAAUACUUCGCCUCCGACGAUCAAUCAGCGCCAGGAAACUUCAUAUUCGGAAAAAAUUCAUUCAAUUGAAUAAAUCACAAGGAACCGAAACAAUUACCGACGAAGCUCCGAUGCAUUCAUUACCGUCGUGAUAACGAAUUACCUAUCACUAGUCCUAGCCAAUUGCCAUAACUUCGAUAAUAUAUAUACAUAAAUAUAUAUAUACAUAAAUUAACGGUAUCAAUAAUAAUAAAUGAAUAAUGGAUAAUGAAUAAUGAAUAAUAAAUAAAUAAUGAAUAAUAAAAAUUAAUUAAACAUACCUAUAUAUAUAUAUGUAUAUACAUAUAUACAUAUACAGAUCACAAUGCGAAUCGUUGAACCAUAAAAUCUGGUUAUUAUGAUAGUUGUACUAUAAUAUAUCUAUACUAUAUAUAUGUGACGAUAAUUCAUUAGCGUCGUGAUAAUGGAACUGUAUAACAGAAUUGGUAAAAAGGUUAUUUGAAAUUCUAUAUGUGCAAAAAAGAAAAUUGAGAAAAAAAACGAGUGAAAAAAAAUACGAAAAA